GUACUAGAUGUUAUUGCCUUGUGUCUCAAUAAACCUCACCAAACCCUGGCCCCACCCCAGUUGUAUUUAUUCACAUUUCAGAGACGAUCGAUCCACCACGCUCACAGCCCCUGCAACUCCGAUCUGUCUCUUUUCUCAGGCUCGCGCAGGAUGGCUACGCAGCGUUCGAGGCUCUUCCUCCUGGCUUUCCUCCUUUUCGUUGCCGCGAUCCGCUCCCAUGCCCAAUCUCCGGCCGCCUCUCCCUCCACCACCUCCACCCCCGCCACCCCUGCCCCGACCACCCCCACCACCCCUGCUCCCGUAGUCGCCGCCAAGCCACCUGCCCAAGCAGUGCCAGCGCCUGUCAUCGCACCUGCAGCCUCUGCACCUGCCACGACAGCACCGGUCGCCGCACCAAUGCAACCACCUCCAGCGCCUGUUCAACCACCAGUUGCCUCCCCACCGACACCUGUGCCUGUAAGCUCGCCGCCCGCACCAGUGCCUGUCAGCUCGCCUCCACCUGUGCCGGUGCCGGUCAGCUCGCCGCCUGCACCAGUGCCUGUCAGCGCACCACCGGUUCCUGUGCCAGUGAGUUCGCCCCCUACUCCUGUGCCUGUGAGUGCGCCUCCUGCGCCUGUACCAGUUAGUUCACCUGCGCCUUCACCGACUAAGUCGAAGAAGAAGAAGAAGAAGAAGCAUUCCAAGGCGCCCGCCCCUGCCCCUGUUGUUGCGAGCCCGCCUGCGCCGCCGGUGGCGCCAAGCCCUGCAGAGGACGUGGUUUCGCCUGGACCUGAACCUGAUGGGAAUGGAGCAAUGCGGGUUCCAAUUUCAAGGCUGAUGGCUGGUCUGGCAUUCAUCGCCCUCGUUGCUGUUACCAUUUAGGGCUAUUAAGUCUUCUAUUUUUUUUUUUCCCUUGAAAUUUUUUAGAGUUAUUGGGUUACUUUUCUUUUUGUUUAGUUUUGCGGUGGUGAAUUUUCCCCUUUGCUUAGGGGGAAAUCGAGCAUACAUUAUUCACUUUGAUUCUUUCAGAGGAGCCUUUUAUUUUUUGUUUUGUAUGGCAGGAUGGCUUGUGCUUUAUUCAUAAAUCUCUAUCAUCUUCUCCAUUUGUCUUCUUAUGUUUUUGUUUACUAUUUAAUGUUGGAAAAUAAUGCUUAUCACCUUCGAUUAUGGACUAUGGACAAUUCUUACAGUUGGACAUGUACAGUUUUGCCCAACAUGAUGGGUGCACUUAUUUAAAGGAUGGCAGCUGUGAAA